AUGAAGCAGAACUCCUCGAGGUUAUGUGUCGCUUGUGCGCGUGGGGCAUGGAGGGGAGGUCAUAUCCACGCUGCCUCCUGUAGUCUAUAUCCGCGAGAUUCCAUACGGCAAAUACAUCGUCAUGCUGUGAAGUGCGGCUCGCGAAGUCCGUUGUACUAUAAUUCCUUAGCUAUUCAUCGUGGCGCGCACACGGGGGCCCGCAUCUCGCCGCUGCAGCAGCCCGCCAGGCUGCUUGCGACGGCUGCAGAAUCUGGGCGCGAUACGACUGCUUCAUCAAGCGGUCCCAUAGCAGAGUACGAUCGAAGGGUUCAGGCAGAGCUCCUCCGCGAUGAUCCCUACCAGCGAACCAUCAUCCAGUACCUCCAGACCCUGCAUGACAUGCUGAAAACGUACAAUCCUCCCCCAGUCGUCCAUCCCCCUAUCGACAGCCUGCAAGAACAGCCCAAGACCUCCUUUUUCGGCUCCUUGUUUGGCCGGAGUAGUCGUCCCGCCCCGUCGGUCACCAUCCCUCCGAACCUCCCGAAAGGUCUGUACAUGUAUGGAGACGUGGGCUGCGGGAAGACCAUGUUGAUGGACCUCUUUUACGACACCAUUCCGUCGAAUAUCCCGUCCAAGAAGCGGAUACACUUCCACAAUUUCAUGCAAGAUGUGCAUCGACGGUUGCAUGCGGCCAAGACCCGCCAUGGAGCUCACUUCGAUGCCUUGCCGCUGGUGGCGGCCGACAUUGCCCAGUCCGCCAGCGUGCUCUGUUUCGAUGAGUUCCAGUGCACUGAUGUGGCCGAUGCGAUGAUUCUGAGAAGACUCCUUGAAUCCUUGAUGUCUCACGGUGUGGUGGUGGUCACAACGUCCAAUCGACAUCCAGAUGACCUGUACAAGAACGGCAUCCAGCGCGAGCACUUCAUCCCCUGCAUCAACCUGCUGAAGACCGUGCUGGAGGUGCUCAACCUCAACUCCGACACCGAUUACCGCAAGAUCCCCCGUCCUCCGUCGGGCGUCUAUUAUCACCCGCUGGACCUGGGAGCGGCCCACCAUGCCGACAAGUGGUUUGAGUAUCUGGGGGACCCUGUCAACGACCCGCCGCACCCGGCCACGCACGAGGUCUGGGGACGGACGAUCGAGGUCCCUCUGGCCAGCGGCAAGGCCGCGAGAUUCACGUUCCAGCAGCUCCUGGGCCGAGCGACCAGUGCGGCAGAUUACCUGGAACUGGUGAGGCACUAUGACGCUUUCAUUGUGACGGACGUGCCGGGCAUGACUCUGAACCAGCGCGAUCUGGCGAGGAGAUUUAUUACGUUUGUCGACGCGGUGUAUGAGAGCAAGGCCAAACUCGUCCUGACAACCGCCGUCCCACUGCAAAACCUAUUCUUGUCCGACGAGGAAAUCAAGACCUCUCUGAGCGAGUCCUCCGCCUCCAAGGGCGAGGAGGACAUGGACCUGCCACCGGAAAUGCGCAAUCUGAUGGACGAUCUCGGCCUGAGCAUGGCGGCGCUCAAAUCGAGCUCGAUCUUCAGCGGCGACGAGGAGCGGUUCGCGUUUGCGCGCGCGCUCUCGCGCCUGUCGGAAAUGGGCAGCAAGCAGUGGGUUGAGCGGGGGAUGGGCGUGGGGAUGAAUGUGCAAGAGGGUAAGGAAGACCACGAGGCGUGGAGGAAGACGCGUAGUCGAUGGAGGGAGGAUAAUAGAUCGAUAGACAGAGCAACUAAAAUUACCGUACGAUAG